AGUUACAAAAUGUGUCAAAAAAUCAGCUGUUGUUUAUAAAUUAUUAAAAAACAAUUAUUUAAUAAUAAAAUUAAUGCAUUUCAGUUAAUAUCAUUCUUUGAAUAUCAUUUAAGAUCAUGGAAGAGGUUGAUAAAAUAAUUAUAGACUCCCUAAAACAUAUUAAUUGUGAUAUAGACGAAGAUAUCAAUAGUUUAAAACAGUUCGAACCAGAUCUAGUUUUAGAAGCUAUUUCGUCCUGUCUGGCGAUUAUAAAUCCAGACAUACAAGUUAUAAAAAAAUUACCUGCUUCUAUGAGCGGUAAAAUCAAGUUGGCAUCUAAUGUAGCUCAGCAGAUACAAACUAUAGGUUUUAAGGGUGACAUGGGAUACCAAACGAUUUUGUAUAGCAAUGAGGUAGAAGUACGUAGGGUAUUAAUGUUUCUAAUAGAACGUCUUCCAAAAGAAGCAAGUCCAAUUACAACAAUUGAACCAGUCGGAUAUGUAGCAAGAAUAGUAAAAGAUAUAGAAGACAGCUUAAAAAAGUCUUUGAAUAGCAUGUGGUUACCAACAGCUCUUCUUCAUUAUGGUACAAGACAAAUUUCCGAUAAUAUAAUUGUCAACAGUCUAGGAAACAGUAGUGAACUAAAUUCUGUUAAUUUAAUAUUACCAAGUGCAGAAAACAGAGAAUACAUUCCUGAAGUUCCUAGACAGUGUACGAAAAAACAAUUAUUACCAUCGAUAUUAUUUAAACCAGCAGACUUUACAAAUUGUAGUAACUGGGAAAAUUUAGUACAACAGAGGUUAAUAAAAACUGAUAUAACUGAUCAAAUACUUGAUGAAACUUCAAAUGAUAAAUAUACAGAAAGCACUCCAAUAGAAUCUGAAAAAGUAGAAGCUCCGAAUACUUUAAAAACUUCCAUAGAACAUUUGAAAAUUAAAAAGAACGAGUUAGUUGCUUUGCAGGAAUCAGUCAAUGGUUUAGAAAAAGAGUUGAAGAAGAUUCAAAACGAAAAUUUAGUAGAAGAAAAGCAUUUAAAAGAAAUCACACAUAAUGCCAAAAUCCUUAGUACAACUUUGGCAGUUUUAUAUAACGAAGAAAAUAAAGUUAAGUUAACAAAUUCUAUAGAAAAAGCUAAAAAUCGUUUAGUUGACUUAAAAAAACAGUGGGACGAAGUUCAGUCACCUCUAUUAGAAGAGCAUAUAGCCUUAAAAAGCUCGGUAAGUUCAGAAAGCAUAAAAAAUCAGAAUGAUGGAUAUAAAUAUAAGAAUUUAAAACAAACUUAUGCAAAUUUAGUUAGAGAUUUUAAAGAAAAAUAUUUACUUGAAGAAAAACUUGUGGAAAAAUGCAAAGAACUUGGCAAUAAAAAUAACAGAGCAGCUUAUACGAAAAGGAUCUUGGAAAUUGUAGCUAACAUCAAGAAACAGAAUCAUGAAAUUGAAAAGGUUCUGUUGGACACUAAAGAUGUGCAAAAAGAUAUCAACAGUCUUACAGGUCAAAUUGAUAGAUCUUUUACGUUAAGUGAUGAAUUAAUAUUCUACGAUUGCAAACAAGACGAAACAGCUAGAAGAGCUUACAAACUCUUGGCUGCCCUGCGUGAAGAAUGCAAUGGGGUUCUUCAGGCAGUGUCUGAUAUGGGCCAAACUGAAAGAGAACUAAGAAAUUUGGAAGAACAAAUUGAAAGUGAGAAGUCCAAAGGCGUCAAAGAAAAACUGGAAAAGAUUCAAAAAGAUCUGGACGAAAUCCAAAAAGAAAUUAAACUACUCUCUUGAGUGUUUUUAUAUGUAUAUCUAAGUUUUAAAAUUUGUACAGAACUGUUAUAACAAAAUAUAA